CGUGUGUUAUCCUAUUCUGUUUCAAAGGCAUGAGGAAGCGUAUGUGAGGGUCACGUCAUGGGUUUUAAGAGUGUUGAAAUACUAGAGGUUUGGAGGAGUAGCCAGGGCCACGAUUUACUGCUCAUCGAGGAAAUAAAAGCCAUGAGAAAACGACGUCUGGUUUAGAGACUGAGGAAUUCUAUCGAAAUGGCAGACUUAGCUGGAAGAAUCAGAGUAUCAUGCUGCACAGAACAUAGACCUUGGUCAUGAAGGUAAUCAUAGUCGGAAAAGGAGAAAUGGAGGUCUGCAACACAGAUUACCCCCAAAAAGAAUAUUAAACAAAGCAACAGACCAAGCCGAUGACUAUUAGCAGGCGACUUCGUUCAACCAGGUUCCCGCGACCAAAUCCGAGAUGACGGCGGCGGCCGGAGAUCCUAUAACAGGCUUUCGGAGACCGAAACCGGCGGGGCGGGGCGAGGAACCCCACCGGCGCCCCUCAUUUCCAGCGUGAUGUCACGGCGGAGUCAGCCCGCAACUUCGGACCAUGUUCACGUCUUCUCUGCCUCCUCUUUGAACGUGGGAAACUCGCUCUCGAACACAUCUCAAUCAACUGUGCUCGCAGUAUCUCGGAAUCUGCAAGCAACAACACGCACCAUCACUCAAGAUGUCUCCCAACAAAUACACGCUGGCUACUCGGCUUACUCUUGCAAAUGGCAAGACGAUCCCCCAGAUCCAGCUGGGCCUGUACAUGAUGUCCGGCCGCGAGGUGACAAAGUCAGUCCCCUGGGCCUUGGCCGCCGGCUACCGCGGCUUCGACUGCGCGCAGAUGUACCGCAACGAGCGCGAGGCGGGCAAGGCGAUCCGCGACUUUCUGGCGAGCGGCGACAACGCCCAGGGCCUGAAGCGCGAGGACCUCUUCUACACGACCAAGCUCGCGAGCAGCAGCGCCUCGUACGACGCCGUGCGCCGCUCCAUCAAGCAGUCCGUCGACGUCUCCGGGCUCGGUUACGUCGACCUGUUCCUGCUGCACAGCCCCUACGGCGGAAAGGAGGCGCGCCUGACGAGCUGGAGGGCCGUCGAGGACGCCAUCGACGCGGGCGAGGUGCGCAUGGGCGGCGUCAGCAACUACGGUGUUGCCCACAUUGAGGAGCUCGUGGCCUCGAAGCCGCGCAUCGCCCCCGUCAUCAACCAGAUCGAGGUUCACCCCUUCAACACCCAGACGCACAUCAGGGAGACGUGCGCCAAGCACGGCAUCGCCAUCGAGGCCUACGCGCCGCUGGCCCGCGGCAUGCGCAUGAAGCACCCCAAGAUCCUCGAGCUGGCCAAGAAGUACGGCUGCACCCCGGCCCAGCUCUUCGUCCGCUGGUCGCUGGACCACAACAUGAUCACCCUCCCCAAGAGCGUGCGCCAGGAGCGUCUGAUAGAGAACGCCAAUGUCUCGGGCUUUGAGAUCUCCAAGGAGGAUUUGGCUGCCAUGGACGCGCUGGACGAGCACCUGGUUACCGACUGGGACCCAACCGAGGCGCCUUGAAGUGACAGUGAGAUGGCUAGAGGGUGUUCAAUAUCCCUAGCAAGCGUAUAUAAACCGAACCUUGUAAUGUCUUUGUUGCGAUCCCCGGCGCCGCCGUGCUUUCGAUGCUUUCACCUGGAG